AUGAAUCCAACGCAAGAAGAAAUCCGAUGCAUGAAUUCAAACUACAGAUACUUUAGAUUCCCACAAAUUAAAGCUCAUCCGUGGCAUAAGGUUUUCCAUAAGCGGAUGCCUCCAGAAGCCAUUGACCUCACAUCUUGGCUUCUUCAAUAUUCACCUAGUCUACGUUGCACUGCGCUCGAAGCAUGUGCUCAUCCAUUUUUCAAUGAACUUCGCGAGCCCAAUGCUCGUCUUCCAAAUGGCCGACCUCUACCACCUUUGUUCAACUUCAAACAAGAGUUAUCUGAAGCCUCCCCAAAGCUUAUAAACAGGCUAGUACCAGAGCACGUUAGGCGACAGAUGAGAGGAGGCUUUCCAUUUCAAACUGCUCCGUAG